AUGUCUGGAAUAGAAACUGAUGAUAUUGAUGUUGAGGAUAAUAAUGAAACAAAUGAAACAGGAAUUAAUAAUGAUGAUAAUUUAGAUGAUAAUGAUCUUGGUUCUAAUGGCAAUUCUAGUGAUUCUAAUGAAGAUAAACUUUCCAAAGAAAAUCUUUUGACUGGGUUGAAUUUACUUUACUUGAAGACAAUACAUAAUUUUUCAAAUCAAGCUUUCAAUGACAUCUCUUCUAAAAUCAUUAAGAAAAAAAUUAGUCUGUUCAAGGCUAAAAAAGAAUUGGAUAAAUUGGUGCCUAUCAAGCCUAAAUAUUAUGAUAUGUGUAUUAAUAGUUGUUGUCUCUUUUAUGGAAAAUACAAUUCAGAUCAUGCAUGUCCUAUUUGUGAUGAACCUAGAUAUAUAAAUAAAAAAGGAAGAAAACACAUGCCCUACUUAUCAUUAAUUGAGAGGUUGAAAAUUCAAUUCAAUAAUAAGGAAAGAGUAAAAGAUUUGCUGUAUCGUUGGGAAUAUACCUCAACAAACAGUGAUAAUGAUGAUGAAAUCUUUGGUGAUGUUUUUGAUGGAAAUAUGUACAAAGAACUAUGUGAAGAAGGAUUUUUUGAAGAUAGAAGGGAGUUGGCAUUGACAGUUUCUUGUGAUGGUUAUCAAAUCUUCCAACAAAAAACAGAUGAUAAUUGGGUCUUUUUAGUAAUAAAUAACAAUCUUGCACCAGAAGUAAGGGUGAAAAAAGAAAAUUUAAUAAUAAGUUUUAUUAUACCAGGUCCCAAUCAACCAAAAGAUUUCAAUUCAUUUCUACAACCAUUUAUUGAAGAAAUGAAAAUUCUACAAGAUGGAAUAGAAUGCUAUGAUGCUUUGAAUGAUGAGUUGUUUCAAUUAAAAGCUCACAUCUUGGCUUGGACAGGAGAUAUACCUGCUGUAACAAAAGUUAUGUGUUUCACAGGACAUAAUUCUUAUCAGGGGUGUAGAUUUUGCAAGAUUGAAGGAAAAUUGCUGACAAGUAAUCGACAUAUAUAUUAUCCUUUACAAAACCAUUCUACAUCAAAUCUUCCUCUUCGGGGCCAUGAAGAAAUUUUAAAAAAUAUUGAUGAAAUUAAUGGGGUUAAAGAAAAGAGCAUUUUAUUUGAAUUGAAAUCUAUAAGGUUUCCAAGAUCUUUUCCACUUGACAUUAUGCAUUUAUUUUUUGAAAAUAUGGCUCCAAAUAUGUACAAAUUUUGGUCUGGAAAUUUUUAUAAGAAUGUUGAUUUAGAUGAAAAUUAUUUAAUUGGCAAAAAAGAUUGGAAAGAAAUUGGUACUAUUCUACAUAAUAACAAGUAUAAUAUGCCCAGUAAUGGAAGAAUACCAAGAGAUAUAUAUAAACAUUCAGCUGGUUAUAAAGCUGAAGAGUGGUCUAAAUGGAUAUUGCAUUUUUCAUUGCCAUUAAUUAAAGGUAGAAUUGAUGAAAGAUUUUUGCAAGGAUGGAAUUAUUUUGUAAAGGCAGCAAAGUUAUGUAUAGAACCACAACUUGAAGGAGAUGAGCCAAACUUGAUUAAGGAGAAUUUGGAAAAUUUUUAUUUAAAUGGUAACCAAGAAAGAUUGAGAAUACAUUUGUUAACAUUUCAUUACUUACUACAUAUAAGCAAGUGUAUAGAUGAUUUUGGACCAUGUUGUGGCUAUUGGCAAUAUCCAAUUGAAAGGCUUUGUGGGAUGUUGUUACCAUUAACAAAAUCCAAAAAGGACCCAUACAAAAAUUUAUUUAAUAAUAUUACUUUAUUGGAACAAUUCAAUUUAAUUAAAUUUUUCCCUCAAUAUAGUACAAUUUUUGAAGAAUCUGUAGAGGAAAAUAGGGGUUGGCCUUCCCAUAGAGUGUAUGUUAAUAACAAUUAUGAAGGUUAUGAAUUCUAUUCACCAAGUGUGAAGCAUUCAUUAAAUAAUAGUGAAGCGAAUAAGUUAAAGGAAUGCUAUGGUGCCAUUUAUAAUUUAAAUAAUCAAUAUAUAAAGAAUAUUUCUCCUGAUUGUCAUAAGUAUGCAAAAAUGAUGAACAAAUAUGGCCAUAUCAUAAAAUCUAUAUAUAAUGAAGAUAAGAAGGAAAAAAGAAAAAAUAAUUAUCUGGUUGCAAAGAAAAAAUGCACCUCAAGAUUUAAAAGAAAUGAAUAUGGUCUAAAAUAUUUUGAAGAUUAUGGCUCGACUAAAUUUAUAGAAAUAAUUGGAAUUGACCAUUGUGUAGGAUUUUUAUCUUUUAGACCACCAAAUAGAAAAACUGAAAUUAAUUGUAUAAUUGAUGAUGAUGAUAUAGACUUUUAA